AUGGAACACGAAUAUUUUAACCAAAAUGAACCCGAAAAAUGGAGUGUUCUCGAGUUCUUAAAUGAAUGCGACAUAGAACCGUUUAGUUUAAAGAUAGAUUGUUAUAUCAAAAGCCUCGAAAAGAUCUCUGACUCGGAACAAGGAAGCAGGAAAGAAAGUGCAAGAAUCCUUCUCGAUAGAUACAAAUUGGCAACACUGGACCCACUGGGCACAGGUGGCUUACUGGGUUGCGAUGUGUUCCAGUGGGAUGGUUCCCAAAUUGAUCGUAAAAAAGCAAAAGAAUGGGAAAAUAAGCGUUCGCAUAGGCAAAUAAACAUCCACAAGUCAAUAAACGGAAAUGGAAAUGUGAUGGACGUCAGUAAUUCCGAAGUAUCAAUCGCAGAACCGUCUUCGAAGAGGAGAGAUCAAGAAGGAAAGGAUGAUGGUCGUACGUACAAGCGUCACAGGCUACAGACUCCGAAUAAUGAGAAUAAUCCAAAAGAAAAUGACACAGAAGCAAUUAAUACCGAACAAAAUUUAAGAAAACAAGUUGAGGAAGAACUCGUGAGACGGUACAGUUUCAGAGAACAAAAAGAAAUCAAUUAUAAUGAAAUUUCAGGCUCGGACAUAGAUCCAUAUCAUCAUCAAGCAUUUGAACGUGAAUUCUUGCCCAACAACCUGGAUCAUUCGGUUGCAUCAUUAAAUAGGCCAAUCAUAACGGAAACAACGUAUAACCUAAUCUCUACGCACAUAAUUUGCGCGUUCAACUCAACGUUACAUUUGGUCAAGGAAUCUGUUGAGGAAAGUUUAUUUGAGAAGAUCGAAAAGGUUCUUAAAACGAGGAACAAAUUGAUUUUAGAUAGAUCGAUAAUCCUGAAAUUGGAGGCAAUUUUUCAGACAGACUAUGCAGAAAUUAGCUCGAAAAUAAUAACAGAAACCAAAGUUGAAAAAAAUAUUAAAGAGAGUGAAGAAUCACGAUUUCUCUUUUUUAUCCGGCACACUCUCCUAGAUUUCAUCGCGAUGUAUGAAUAUAUGUCGCCUAAAGUGUUAGCUCGAGAUAUGUCUGAAAGGUCGUAUAUUGUGGAAUGCCUUUCACCCAUACUUCGAUCUUUUAGGAAUGCAUUUCCCGAAAUUAGAUACGAGUGGAUUGAGAAGGAUGUCAAAUCCAUAAGGGACGCGAGCAAUAUGUUUGCAAUUAACAUAAGGACUCGGAAAACUGACUUGUUAGUUCUAAGACUAUCGGACGCAACUGAAAUUCUACACGUUGAAGUAUCUGGACCACCAUACAAACCAGAAAAGAAACAUACAGUCGGAGACGCAAAAAAAUUACUCAUGAUGGCUGUUUGUAAUUUGUGCAGAGUAUUGGCGAAUAAUUUCGAUUGUCCAAUUGAAAUCGCUAAGAAAGUCAGAUCGUACAGCAUACAAGCAAUUGGGGAUAAAUUGACAUUAUUUGCUGUAUCACUUGUUGAGAAGAAAAAAUAUUUGGCAAUCGAAUUGGCUUCGUGCAUAAUUCCCUUUUCGCUUAAAACCAUUGGAUGCUACACAAAAAUCUUUAAUUUUUUCAAGAUCAUAAGGAACGAGUUUAAAGAACAAGAAAAACUUCUAGAAAAAAUUUGUUCUUUUGUGCCCUGGGUCGAUGAUGAUACCAGUGACCUACGAGAGUGGAUACAUUUACCGGAUGAUGAUCUAAUACCCGUAACGGAAGAGGAAAUGGAUGAACUCUCUUUAAAUGUUACUUAA